AUGGCGCUCCAGCCCCAAACCCCGUCGCUCGACUAUACAGGCCUCGAGUACAGGUGGAAGAACUUUGUCUUUCGACCCGCCGAGUUCCAGAAAGAGGCCGUCUUUGCGGGCAUGUUGGGGUUGUUGAUGCUCGUCUACUUCUUGGGCAAGAAGUGGAACGAGCAGAAGGCUAGGGCUUGGUGGUCAACUUUCGACCCUCUCUACUCUUCUCAGUUCCGAGCGAUGUCGCCUCUCCCCAAUCAACCCCUGGUGACCAACUCGCCCUCGACCCACCUCCACUACCUGACCGGCCGACGCAACCUCCUCUCCCUCCACACGGUUCUCAACCUUCUCCCUCGUCACAACGCCGUACAGUACAUUCAGGACCUCGUCUGGGGAGUCGUUGAUCCGGUCAACGAACUGGGAGACGAGUUGGUCCUCGACUACACGCUCGGGGAGAACGGCAAGGGUCAGCUCGGAGAGGGUGUGGGCGUUUGGGGAGUCGUGAGGAAGAGUGGAGUUUUGACCAAGAUCAGGAAAGAGAGGUGGGACGUCACCUUCUGCAAGACGGUCGAGAACCCCCAGAUUCCCCCUACCCACAUGCUCUUGACCGAAUCCGCCGAUUCGACCGACUACCUCCUCAACGCGCCCAAUGUUGGUUUGUUGGACGUCUUGAAGAACGAGAGGACUGGGGGUUUGUUGAAGAGCUUGAUCAUCACCGACCAACCCACCACCCGCCCGACCCGCGGCCCCCUUCCCGAAUCCGCCCGAUCGAGACACUUGAUCAUCACCCUCAGGUUGCCCCCGAGCGGACGGUACGAGGACACGAUGCCCUGGGUUCAGGUCGGGUUGAACUUGUGUGACUUGUUGGGCAAGGUGGCUAUGAAGCCCGAGACCACCCGCAAGCUUCGAAAGACGCGUCAGGAAGUCUCUGACGAACUCGCCCGGUCGUACGCCGCUGAGCAAAAGGAAGAGAAUGGCGACCCCGAGGAGGAGAAGAAGGCGGCCAAGAGGAAGGAGGAGGCCAAGAGGCGGGCUGCGAUGAGCGAUGUGGAGAGGAAGAAGCUCGAACUCAAGGAGCAGAAGAAGCAACAACGGAAAGCCCAGAUCAAGCAGCUCAAGGGAGGAAAGUAG